AUGGAGGGGGAGAGGAGGGGAGAGGAGGGGUUUAGGGUGUGUCUGGGGGAGAAUCAUGAGCAGGGUUUGAGUGAGUACUUGAGGAGGGGUAAAGGGGAGUUAGGGGGGAUAGGAGUGGUAAGGGGUAAAGGAGAGUAUGAGGGAGAUAGGAUUAAAGUGAUAAGGCCUAUAGAAGAUCAUGAUUCUACUAGAAAGUCUAAAGCUCUUGAUAAUUUGAUUUUACAAAGGCCAGGUUUGAAAUCAUAUCGAACUAGAAAUAAUUCAAAAAUUCCUAAAAAGUACAAAAAGGUCAAAAUUGAUCCCUCUGUUUCAAAGUUUCUCAUUCCAAAUAAUCCCUUCUCCUUCGCUCCUCACCACUCAAUCUCCCACAAAUCGCUCCCAAAUCCUCCAAACCACUACUCCCACUCCACCCUUCGAAAUCACCUAAAAAAUCCCAAAAUAUAUCCAAAACCCCACUUCCGUUCCUCCAAAUUCACCCCACAAGAUCCCAAAAUCUCCCGUCUAACAUCACUCAAAACCCUCUUCCCAUCCAACCCCAAAGCGCCCUACUUAAUCCAACCUCCUAACCCCUCUAUCUGAUCCCUCAAAAAGCCCUCCUAGCCCCCUCCCAUAUACCACCUCAUUCCUAAAAUCC